AACAAACACCUAUUCUAGGGUUUUCCUCGAUUGCGUUUGAUAUUCACACUCCCUUUCAGCUCCUUCUUUUCUUCUCUCUUUCGUUCAUCUCAAACAACCAUGGUGAAGGGACCCGGUCUCUACUCCGAUAUCGGCAAGAAAGCCAGAGAUCUUCUUUACAGGGAUUACCAGACCGACCACAAGUUUACCGUCACCACUUUCACCACUUCUGGAGUUGCAAUCACUUCGAGUGGAACUAAGAAAGGGGAUCUUCUUUUGGGGGAUGUGAGCACUCAGCUCAAGAACAAGAACAUCACGACUGAUGUUAAAGUUGAUACCAAUUCAAAUCUUCUCACAACAAUUACCGUUGAUGAGCCCGCACCUGGUCUUAAGGCAAUCUUGAGCUUCAUUGUACCUGAUCAAAAAUCUGGAAAGGUGGAGCUUCAAUACCAACAUGAGUAUGCUGGAAUAAGUACUAGCCUUGGAUUGACUGCCAACCCUGUUAUUAACUUCUCUGGUGUUGUUGGGAACACUUCCCUCUCUCUUGGAACGGAUGUUUCUUUUGACACUGCCUCUGGAAACUUGACCAAGCUCAAUGCUGGGCUGAACUUCAUUCAUACUGACCUGAUUGCCUCCUUGCUUGUGAAUGACAAGGGUGAUACCCUCACUGCUUCCUACUUCCACACGGUCAGCCCACUUACUUGCACUGCUGUUGGUGCAGAGCUGUCCCAUGGCUUUUCUAGCAACGAGAACACCUUCACCAUCGGCACUCAGCAUGCACUUGACCCCCUUACCUCUGUGAAGGCUCGGGUGAACAACUAUGGCAGGGCAAGCGCUCUCAUCCAGCACGAGUGGCGUCCCAAGUCCUUGUUCACUAUCUCAGGAGAGGUGGACACGAGGGCGAUCGAGAAAAGUGCAAAGAUCGGUCUAGCCUUGGCACUCAAGCCAUGAGCUAAGCACAACCAUCAUGUGCAAAUGGAAGGUGGGUUUUGUUUUUGCAUGGUAGAGGGCAAUAAGCUAGGUAGUAGGUAGGAGGGAAUUUCUGUCAUGAACUCGUGGUCCUUUACUAUGAUGCUAUUGGUUUCUCAUAUCUUGGUGGUAAUGGGUUGUAAAAAAUAAUUGGCACGGACCUGAUGUCAAAUUCCUUUUGAAUUUUCCACCCAUCUAAGUGUUUAGUAAGGGUGUACCUUAAACCAGAGUUUAGAAGCGAGAGCUUUUUUUUCCUUC